GUUGUCCAACAAUGUUUUGGUUCCUGGCGGUGACGUAACACACAAAAACAUGGUUCCCUUGUUUUGAACCUGAAAAAGCGUGCUAAGUGUUUCUCUAACUUCACUACGCAUGAAGAAGAUGCAUUUCCGAAACCGAGUGACUGGAUCACACUGAUAAGAGAAUAUGGCCCAGGCCGUGGAAACGUGUGCCGAAUCCGGACGCAGGCUGCGCUCCAUCUGCCGGAGGAUGUACGAUGAAAACGAGGAUCUGUCCGAUGUGGAAGAAAUUGCAAACAUCAGAGGUUUCAGUGUGGAGGAAAAGCUGGUCAGUGACAGUUACAGCGCCUCAUUUGUGCUCUGCAUGGAGGGUAAAGACUUCUCUUAUGAAUAUGUGCAAAAGGACGCUCUCAGGACCCCACUCAUUUUUAAAGAGAAAGAUGGGCUUGGGAUCAGAAUGCCGGAUCCAGAAUUUACAGUCAGUGAAAUUAAAGGAUUAGUUGGCAGUCGGCGCUCCGUGGACGUGAUGGAUGUGAGCACUCAGAAAGGCUCUGAGAUGAGCAUGGCUCAGUUUGUGCGUUAUUAUGAGACACCAGAGGAAGAGCGGGAAAAACUCUUCAACGUCAUCAGCUUAGAGUUCAGCCACACUAAGCUGGAAAACCUCAUCAAGCGGCCCACAGUGGUGGAUCAAGUGGACUGGGUGGACAACACGUGGCCCCCUGAUCUGAAACAGAGCCAAACAGAAGCCACCAAUGUAAUCUCAGACAUGAAGUACCCUAAAGUGCAAAGGUAUUGUUUGAUGAGUGUAAAGGGCUGCUAUACAGACUUCCACAUUGAUUUCGGUGGAACCUCUGUUUGGUAUCACGUAUUCAAAGGACAAAAAGUGUUUUGGCUUGUGCCUCCGACCCCUCAUAACCUUGCCCUUUAUGAGGACUGGGUCCUGUCAGGCAAGCAGAGUGAUAUCUUCCUGGGAGACCGAGCUGACGGAUGCCAGAGAGUGGAGCUUAAGCAAGGAUACACCUUCUUCAUCCCAUCUGGGUGGAUCCAUGCUGUCUACACUCCAGAGGACUCACUGGUGUUUGGAGGCAAUAUUCUGCACAGCUUCAACAUUCCUAUGCAGCUUACCAUCCAUGAGAUAGAGAAUAGGACUAAGGUUAAUUCGAAAUUCCGUUUUCCCUUCUACAAUGAGAUUUGCUGGUAUGUCCUGGAGAGAUAUCUGCACUGCCUCACAAAACGUUCCUAUUUAUCUCGGGAGGUCUGCAAAGAGCCUGUACCAACUGAUUACGAGACAAAGGUCAACACAGAGAGCCCCUCCUCUGACUCCAGGAUCCAGGACCUGAACGAGGACUCAUGUGAGACUCAGGUCAGGGAUGGUGAGAAACCAGAGAGAGGCGCUCAGGACGGACCCAUCUCUCCUGACAACCGGAGGGGCCAGCACCUCAAAGCCGUUUUAUCUGUGGACUCUGAGGACAGCUGUAACCCCGGCUCCACCUCUCUAGAGUUCCCCCAAACCCCCUCUGACUCCCCAGCCGAGGAGUCUGUGACUAAAUGGACACAUUUGACAGAGUUCGAACUGAGCGGACUCAGGAAACUGGUUGAGAAGCUGGAGUCGCUCCCUGAAAAUAAGAAAUGUGUUCCAGAGGGAAUAGAGAACCCACAAGCCCUGCUGGAAGACAUGAAGGUUCUCUUAAAAGAACAUGCCGAUGACGACCCAAAAUUAGCCAUCACUGGGGUUCCUGUGGUGUACUGGCCCAAGAAAACCAUAAAGCCCCGGCCUCCCAACCGGCCGAAACCUAAGAUGGCAGCUUCUCCUGCCUCAGCAGUCAAGCUGUCAGCGUGUCGGGGAACAUCUGGCGCCAGGAGGAGGCGGACGCGCUGCCGGAAGUGUGAGGCAUGCCUGCGGACGGAGUGUGGAGAGUGCCACUUCUGUAAAGACAUGAAGAAGUUUGGUGGGCCGGGCCGCAUGAAACAGUCCUGCAUCAUGAGGCAGUGCAUUGCACCUGUCCUGCCCCACACCGCUGUGUGUCUCGUCUGUGGAGAGGCAGGGAAAGAGGACACAGUGGAGGAAGAGGAGGAGAAGUUUAACCUCAUGCUCAUGGAGUGCUCCAUCUGCAAUGAGAUUGUUCAUCCUAACUGUCUUAAGGUAAAAGAUUCAAACGGAGUAGUCAAUGAUGAAUUGCCCAACUGCUGGGAGUGCCCAAAGUGCAACCAUGCUGGGAAGACAGGGAAAUUGGCCUCAAAGCAAAAAAGGGGGCCAGGAUUUAAGUACGCGUCCAACCUUCCUGGCUCUCUACUGAAGGAGCCGCGGUUAAACCGGGAUUCAAAAGACGAACCUGACUCGCCGACAGUCGCAACAGCAACUGUGACUGCUCUGACUGCCACAUCUGCUCUUAAGAGAAAGGCAGAGCGGGAGGAAGUCCCUAAGAGGAAAGAUGACGAGCCACAGAAGAAACGCCCCCCCUUGCUGUCUCUGGAUGGUACGCCCCGGCCGAGGAUUGAGGACAACCCACUGAGGAAAAAGAGGAAACUUUUUGACACCAAUGAUGAACCUGUCAUUGUAAAAAAGAAGAAGAAACUCUCAAAACCGGAUGACCCUGUGACUCCCAAGCGGCACAUCAAGACCGAGAAUGAUCAUGAUGAAGAAGAUGAUCAGGUAGAUCACGAAGGAGAUAGAUUUUCUUUGGAAAGGAUUCAGUUAAAGGGGAAAAAAGAGUAUGACGACGAGGACCAAGAAGAAGAUGAGGAGGGAGAGGAAACAGUGAAAAAAGAGAGAGACUGCAGUGCAGAGGACAAAGCCAAGGUCUUAUUAAGUCCCCUGAUAAGAACCUCUGCCAUCAGAGAAAGUGAACAAACCACAAACUCUCCCAGAGCGGGACCGAGCAGCGACUCAGGAGAUGCUCAGCUGAAGGCUCGCCAUCAGAGACGACGGCUCCCCAACAAGGAGCUGAGCAAAGAGUUCAAACAGGAGACUCCCAAGGCAGCAGACCAGAACCACGGCUCGGUGAAGACAGAGGACGGCUCAGCCAAUCACAACCGACGACAACUCAAGAAAGAGGACUCAAUGACCAAUCAGAAUCGCAAACCGUUAAAAACAGAGGACUCUUCCACUAAUCAGAGCCGCAGGGCCCUUAAAAUGGAGGAGGGUUUGACCAAUCAAAACAGGCGGCCACUGAAAACCGAGGACAGUCUGGCCAAUCAAAACCACAGGCCUGUAAAAACCGAGCCUGAGAACGAGGUGGACGAGCAAAAGCCAAGAUGGCCUCUUAAUAACGGUGGCAGUGAUCUGGGGGACUGGCUGCCACACAGGGGGCGAGAGGGGAGCGACACGACGCAUGGUUACUCGCCGCUCGGAUGGAACAGGGGCACCCAGAUUACACCGAUAUGCCCCCGACCACUCCCCUGCAGGUCCCCGCCAAAAUGCAUCCAAAUGGAGCGCCAUGUGAUCCGUCCUCCUCCCAUCAGCCCCCCGCCGGACAGACUCUCGCUGAACGACGGAGAAACACACGUGAUGCGCAGGGAGAUGUGGAUGACGGUUUUCAGUCACUUGACUCACAGAGAUCUCUGUGUGUGCAUGCGUGUCUGCAGGACGUGGAACAGAUGGUGCUGCGAUAAGAGGCUCUGGAAGCACAUCAAUCUGAACCGGUGUAAGUCCAUCACUCCUCUCAUGCUGAGCGGGAUCAUCCGCAGGCAGCCGGUGGCUCUGGACCUCAGCUGGACCAACAUCUCCAAAAAACAACUCAGCUGGCUCAUCAACAGACUGCCAGGUCUGCGGGUGCUCCUGCUGUCAGGGUGCUCCUGGGUGGCGGUCUCUGCCCUCUGCACCUCCAGCUGUCCUCUCCUGCGGACCCUGGAUGUUCAGUGGGUCGAGGGACUGAAAGACGCCCAGAUGAGGGACCUGCUGUCUCCUCCUACAGAUAACAGACCAGGUCAGUUGGACAACAGGAGUAAGCUGCGGAACGUGGAGGUCCUGCGGCUGGCGGGCCUGGACAUCACGGACACGUCUCUGCGCCUCCUCAUCCGCUACAUGCCCUCGCUGUCCAAGCUGGACCUCAGCUACUGCAACCACGUCACGGACCAGUCGGUCAACAUACUGACGGCGGCCGGGACGACCACCAGAGACUCGCUCACUGACAUCAACCUGUCAGUCUGUAACAGGGUCACUGACCAGUCGCUGACCUACUUCAAGCGCUGUGGGAGCGUCUGUCACAUCGACCUGCGAUACUGCAAGCAGGUGACCAAGGAGGGCUGCGACCAGUUCAUCGCAGAAAUGUCCGUCAGCGUGCAGUUUGAACUGAUAGAGGAGAAACUGCUGCAAAAGAUCAGCUAGGAGCACACUGUGACAUUUAACAAGUGCAACUACUGUCCACACGGAGGCAGCAGAUGACUUGUGGAGAACGGCGCUGUGUUUCGUCAACAUAUGCAGACGACUCAACAGACACCAGGACCGUCUGUCUGUCUCUGUGAAACCAUGAAAAGGGAAGCUGUGCUGCUAAGCCCGAAUGUAAAAAAAAAAAAUGGAAAUCUUGUCCUGUUAAGGCAAUAUCGCAAAAAUGUUUCUGUUGUUGUUUGCACCCGUUUAUAAAUUAUUUAUUUCUUUAUAUAUUGAUUGUUUAUGUAUUGUAUCAUGACUAUCUUUGUGUUUAUAGAUUAUUUUUUGUUCAAAUGCAAAGUUUGUUGCAUUAGAGUAAUAUUUUUGUAUCAGAAAGUGUUUCAUACAUUUAUGUGCAGUAUUUAUGCACCACUGUACAGUAUCAGACCAUUGGAAUUGAUAAUCAAUCGGCAUUACUGUUACGCUCUUUAUUGUCGAGAGGCAAAGUUCCAAUUAUAUGUUGCCAAAACGUAGGAUGGUAGCUUGUGUUUGUAUUUUUUAUAUUUUAUUAUGUGCCCCGUUUCUGUUCGGACUAAGGUACUGUACAUUUUGUUUUCCGUAUAAGGAUACCAUUUGCACUGAUACAGUAAAUAUGAAUACAUGAAUGUUUUCACACAUACACUAUAAAGUGUACAAAGCAUAUUUUUUCAACAAUGUCUGGCUAUUUCUGCUAACAGCUUCUAGUUAUCAGGGUUAUAUUAACACAUACCUGCAAACAAACGUCUCUGCCAGUCUACAUCACUCUUUAGUAUUACUGGGGCUUUGUGAAAGGAAGCGCUUUAUCUCCGCAUGCAGCAACGAAAUAUGCUUACACCACAGUCAAUAGAUUCAGUAACUGUGUAACAAUAUAAUCACUCCAGUCAUUAUCUCCAUAUAAUCAAAAAGAGGUGAAUUAUUCUGGAAAUAAAGACACAACAAAGUCCAGGAAAAUAUAUCACAUUUGCAAAAAUCUUAUAGAAGACAUGUUUCUCCUAUUUGUCAAAAGUGCAAUGUGUAAAGAAAUGUAUCGUGUAUGUUUCAAUGUUCCCCUGACCGCACACAUCUGAGCAAAGUGAGCAGAAUACUGUUCUUUUCAAAAGGGCAAAAUAUUGUAUUUAGAAGAUGUAAAGCAAUUAUCGAUAAAUCAUUCCAGUGAGCCAUCCAUCUCCGAACACCAGCUUCUGACAUAAGGUUAAGAAAUCCUGUUAAAAAACCAAAAGCACUGUUUAUUUUUUGUAAAAUAUGAGACAGGAUCAUGGCCCGAUGCCAUUCAGUAUUUGCCAUUUGAAGAAACUGCAAAAUAAAAACGUAUUUCAUAAAAGAUUUGUGCAUAUGUAAAAGUAAAAUAGGAUUUGUUGAUUGUUUUAUUUUGUAGAUUAUACUGAAGACCACUAUUGACACUGACUUUUCAUUUUAAAUCAUGCUUUAAAGUUGUAUUUUAAUUUAGUUAAACAUCUGAAGAUAAAGUACUUUGCAGCCGAUGCUGUCAGACAGCAGCCUUUUCACAAAUUACACAUUUAUUCAUCAUAGUUUUUGAAGCCAUUUAAAAAAACGAUAAUUUUGCUAUUUAAAAAGAUGUUUAGUAAUCAAUAAUGGUUUGAUAGGUACGCAUCUUUCUUGAAAAAAACUUUUUUUAAAGAUAAAGCAACUUUGCAAUAGUGUUUGUUUUUCAGAGGAUGGGUUUACAUUUGCAUUUUAUCUGUUUAUUUGUUUUACUUAACCACUAUGUCUCCAUGAACAUUUUAGUAACUGUAAAUCUGUACAUAAUGUACAUGUAAAGCCUCUAGGAAAAGUUAAGUCAACCUUUCAGAUAUUAAAUUCAUUUUAAAUACU